UGCGUGCCGCAAAUAUCGUCAUGGGUUCAACAAGCAAAUCACGUAAGAAAGUGGUGACAAUCGGUUGCGUGAGUGAUUGAACCGGAUAGCUGCUUCUAUUUGUAAAACAUUUUCAUGAAAAGUAAUUAAGAUAACUGUGCUAUCGCAAUAUUUCGCCGGUAGUUAUUUAAGUUUAAAAAGAUUGUAAAAUGAUGAUUGGCAUUGACUUGACAUUCGUGAUAAUCUCAGAAAUUAUAUAUAUUUGAACAGUGUUAUAAUAAUCUUUGAUCAUAUAUGUAUAUUGUGUGUGUGUGUGUGUGUGUGUGUGUGUGUGUGUGUGUGUGUGUGUGUGUGUGUAGCUGACUCGAAAUUUUCGAUCGAAGAGUCUUAUAGUGUUGUGUGAAUAAUUUAGUAUGCGCUUGCGUGUACAUCGCGAAGAUCGAUGAUGUGUCAAUUUUUUUGCAUUAUCAAGUACACGAAUAGCAAAUUUGCAUAUAAUUUCGUGGUGGCGAGAACUUUGUGUACUUUGGUAGCUGACUCCUCUUACGAAUGGAAUUUUUAUGUUGCACAAUUGAAGAAAAAGGUAAGCUAAAAAUCGUAAUAAAAUGUAAAAGACUAUUUUAAAAGAUCUUUUUACAACAUACGAAAUUUUUAUUCCCCAAACGUGUCGAACCAAAUUCUUUUAUCACGUUACUCUGUCAAAAUUUAGUAACAUUUUUAAAAAUAUUUUAGAGAAUUAUCUUUUGUGAUGCCUGGUUUACAAAUCUUUUAGGGAAAAUUUGCAUAUCUACCCAUCUUGUAAAUUUUCACAGAUCUCAUGCAAAACUGAUAAUUUAUCAUGCAAAAAUGCAGGAAAGCAUUUCGCGAACAUAUUGCAAAUAUUGCGAAAAAAUCAUAUUUCAUUCAGAUCAUUACCUCGGAGUGUUAUUUUGAGAAAACUCUCCGCAUCCUCUGCCGAACUUGAAUAUUAUUUUUUUUCUUCAAGACAGAGUAUGCGUGUCUUACCGCGACAGGUUGAUGAUCUUCGCCGAUGUUUUAUAGCCGUAGUCUUCCUCUUGGGUUUCAUCUCGCGUUUGCAAUUCUCGCUACGUUGAUAGUCGCAACGUUACAGAAAUAUAUCAUGUUUCGUGACGAGCUCGUAUAUCAACGGUGGUCAAUCGGGUUUCUUCUUCACAUAGCGAGUUGCGUUUCGCGACGGAACAUCAUCAUUGUCGUCAAUCGACUCUAUCGAUUCGUCGAUCGUAGAUUCCGCCACAGGUGGUACUAGACAUUCGAUGUUAAACCAUUAUUUGCUGAAACGGUUCAUUUACGACAGAUGUACCAUCAGUAUUUAUAAUUAAAAUCUCAAAGUGUAAUUUUUUCAACCUAUCUUUAUUGGUGCUUGUGCUCUUUUCUUUUCAAAGUCUUCUUUAGCGUGGGGCAUUACGUACGUAGAUCCUAAACUUGUUGACGUUCCUGCGUCUGUGUAAAACAGUGAUAGCAAUUACACACCGAGUAUAUCAAAGUGUAGAAUUACUGGAACAGAGAAAUAAGAAUAAUGAUGAAGAAUGCAAACGGCAUGAAGAACCCCAUAGAUGGCACAGAUCCGAGCGAGACCACGACAUUAAGAUCAAAGUUGGAGACUUUCGACGAUAUUCUGCCGUACGUCGGCGACUUUGGCAGAUACCAGUGGCUACUUCUGCUGAGCUUACUUCCUUACAGCGUCGCAUAUGCCACCCUAUACUUUUCGCAGUUUUUUCUCACCCUGGUACCGCAGGAGCACUGGUGCAGAAUAGAAGACCUGGUCUCCUUGAACCUCACGCAGGAAGAGCGAGUGAGGAUCAGCAUACCAAAGUCCCAGGAUUAUCCGUAUUACGACCGUUGCCAUCGAAAGGAUCUGGAUUUUUCCGCUCUCCUGAAUCAUAGGAAAGACACUCGCUCGAUUGAAUGGAGGACGAAUCAGACCGUGGACUGCAAUCGAUGGGAAUACAAUUUCACGCAGAUUCCGUAUGCCAGCAUAGCGGCUGAGCUAGAUUGGGUAUGCGACCAGGAGUAUCUCAUUUCGACGGCACAGUCCAUCUUCUUUUGCGGCUCGAUCGUCGGCGGUUUCCUCUUUGGAUGGAUCGCCGAUCACAAAGGCCGGAUUCCCGCCCUGAUGCUUUGCAACAGCGUUGCGCUUUUGGCCUCGAUCGCGACCGCGAGCGCAAACACCUUCUGGUCAUUCGGCGUCUGCAGAUUUCUCACCGGCUUGGCUUUCGACAAUUGCAUCAACAUCCCGCUGAUUAUAGUGGUCGAGUACAUGGCCGUGAACAGACGGACGCUGGUUGUUAAUGUCGCUUUUGGUAUAUACUUUGCUGUCGGAAGCACGGUCCUGCCAUGGAUCGCGUACUAUAUCGCAAACUGGAGAUUCUUCGCUUAUGUUACCGCGAUCCCGAUGAUGAGCGUCUUUAUCACUCCCUGGAUCCUUCCUGAAAGUGCUCGAUGGUUCGUCGCCAACGGCAGGAUAGACAAAGUGGUGCAAAAGUUGCUGCAGAUAGCAAGGGUCAACAGGAAGAGCCUCGACCCAGCCGUCUACGAAGUCUUCGUCAGGAACUUGACUGCAUCCGAUACUCGUACGGAAAGCGCGACCAUUUUCGAUCUUCUGAAAUCGCCACGUUUAGCGAAGAACGCUGUCUUGCUAAUCUUUUUCUGGUCCUUGACGAUGAUAGCCUUUGACGGCCACGUGUACUCCCUCAAGCUGAUUCCAAGUUCGGUGUUUGUGUCCUUCUCCGUCGCCUGCGCGACCGAGCUGCCGGCCGGACUAUUGCUGACGUUGCUGCUGGAUCGCUGGGGUCGCAGAUUUUGCGGAUUUAUCACUCUGGCCAUGACUUGCCUCUUCAGCUUUGCCGAACUGCUGUUGCAGUCGAUUGUAGCGAAACUGAUAAUGUCAGUGUUGUCGCGAUUUUGCCUAAAUAUGGCAGCCAACGUGGGUCUUCAGUACGCCGCCGAGCUGCUGCCGACGCCUAUCAGAACGCAGGGCGUUUCGUUGAUCCACAUUUUUGGUAUAAUUGCUCAUUCCCUCGCGCCAUACGUGGUAGACACGGCCAAGAUCUGGGAGGGAUUACCGAUGAUGAUCAUCGGCGUCGUGUCCUUUUUAGCCGCCACCCUCAUAUUAUUCCUACCGGAAACGCUUGGUCGCGAUCUACCGCAAACCCUGCGUCAGGGCGAGGACUUUGGUAAAGAUCAGAGUUUCUGGACGCUGCCUUGCUGCGAGGGAUCGCGCUCGGAUCGACAUCGGCAUUAUCGUCCAAGCGAGAUAUAGUCUUUUCAAUUUUAUUACGAUUCUCGGUACAACGACCGGGAGAAUGUAGUUAAGAAAUUUUUACGUGUCUCGCAGUGACACAACAUAUAAUCUGCAACGAAACUACUAUCUGUUUUGUGCCAACGAAUAAAGUUUCUAGAUUAGAUUAAAGAUUAA